AUGAAAACAAUUGGGAGAAGUGGUGGCAGCUCCGGCAGCAGUGUGGGUGAAGCAGAGGGCUACGCCCAGGAGUGUUUGCUGUUCCAGGCCGACGAAGGCCUUCUGAGCCGUACGGUGUCGCACGUGAGAGAACACCAGCGGUUGUCUAUCGAGAAGGCGAAAGCAGGAGGAAAAGUCGAGACGCAGAGGUUGGUAUUCACAGGGGAGGCCAUCUCCGCCCUGAAAUCCCAACUGACGAUCGACCACCCAAGUCGAACGGUGGCCAUCGCCGGGCUUAUCUGGAAGGCCGCUCUUGACGCCCGCAGCCGCAGAGCGCCGACGGCCUCUGCAGCAGUUUCGCUAGUCAACGUCCGGCCAAGACUGAAGACGCCGCUCCCGGACGGCUGCAUCGGGAACCUAUACUGGAUCACCACGGCGGUCGCCGAAACGAGCGGAGAUCCAGGAAUGGAGCACUUUGCAAAUCGGGUGAAGGAGUCCGUGGGCAGGGUGGACGGGGAGCUGUUGGAGAAGCUGGCGGCGGGCGUGGAAGCGCACCGCCAGUUUCACGAGCAGCUGGAAGGGCUGGCCGCGAGUAACACCACCGACGACAGUGCCAGCCUGUACAAGUUCUUCAGCAUUCUGAGGAUGGGGCUGAGCCAGGUGGAUUUCGGGUGGGGGAAGCCGUCGUGGGUCACCAUUCUAGGGUUCACCGCUGAUGAUGUUGCUCCGGUUCCCAACCUCGUUUGCCUCAUGGAAGCCACAGCUGGCGGUGGUGCGGUUGAAGCCUGGGUGAGCUUGGAUGAACAAGAGAUGCCCAUCUUUCUGCAACAUCCUCACCUCCUUCAGUACGCCACGGUUAAUCCCAGGAUCCAGCUCAUACCCUAG